UUAUGAAUGAGCGAUAAAAAUAAAUUCUUGUAUAGCGAAAAGUUCCCCCAAACACAUAGUUUAACUUUUGAAAGUUCAUUCGUCGAGGAGUACUGUACCAGAUAACAUCAGCUACCUGAUCUACUUGAUGAGGAAGUCAGGUACCUUGGAGAUGAGACAAAGCAUGACCUUCUUCACCGAUUAUGUCAUGGAGUGACUGAACUGAGGCAUUAAGUAGGAUGCUCUUUUCUGCCCUUUCUGAGCUUUCAGGUUUAUCUUAAGAAGAAGUGGUUUAAUCUCAAAAUGAUGGCCAAUGAACAAGCAGUUGUUGCACGCUUGGAGGAACUUCGUAGGGAGUAUAAUAUACUGGCUCAAUACUUGGCAACACAAGCCACAGACCCGUCUCUCCAGCAAGGGAUAAGCACUCAGUCAGAGGAAAAUGAAAAACAGUUAAAACUGAUUGCUUUAGAACAAGAAGUAAAAGAUUUAUCUGAUCAAGUCAGAAGACUUACAGCUGAGAAGGGUGUCUUAGAGAGAACCCAUCAAGAGACAAGCAAUGAAAAUACAAAAACUAUUGGAAGAUUAAAGCAAGAAAUCAAAGAUUGUAUGAAUGAUACAGAAAUUCUCAAAGAUGUAGUUAAGAGAUUAAAUGAGCAGCUCAAUCGAUACCAUCUAAAGUUUGGACCCUUAAAAGAAGAUAGAUAUGAAGAUAUAUCUGGUGAUAUAAGUCGACCAAGUAUUUACAAAUUGGGUGCCCUUCUUGCAGCUUAUGAUGAGGUUUUGAAUGAAAGAGAUGCAGCUUUAAAAUUGAAUGCAGAAAAGUUUGAAAAAUUUAUGGUGAAAGUCGACUCAAUAACAUCAGAGAAUGAAAAGUUGCAUGCUCGUUUGGAAAGACUACAAAAGGAGGUUCCAUUUGGAUCUGAAGAGGCUGAAAUUGUUGCAUCUGAUGCACGAUUGUUACUCGAGGAAAGAGAGAUAUUGCUACAAGAAUUACAAAAUAUGCGUCAACAGAAUCGGCAGGAGAUCUCAGAACUGAAUGCUGAAGCUUCUAAACUUCAGAAUCAGUUAGAAGAUAGUGAAGGGAGAAAUCUUGCACUCUCCUCUGAAAUAACCUCUUUGAAAACAGAGCUUGAGAUUCAAGAAAAAAAAGGUCUUGGUCUUCAGGAACAGUUAAAAGGCACAGUAACUCGACAAGAACAUCAGCUGGCAGUGGAUGAAUGUCAAAGGUUGUUUGAAGAGUUGCGGUCAGCCUAUACGCAGGAGUCAGGUGAUUUAAAGGGUCGUGUAAGAGCUGCAAAGCAUGAAAAGAAAAAUUUAGCAGAAAAGUUAACAGAUUCUUCCACAUAUGUGCAUAAUUUAAGUGUUCAGGUAUCAGGAUUGAAAAGUUCACUAAGAAAAUAUGAAAGCAAAGUAAGGCGUAGGGAUCUUUCUUUGCAAGCAGUAAGUGCUUCAUAUCGUGUAUCACAGUCCCGAUUAAGAUCUCUCAGUGAAGUAUGCAGUGAGCUUCUAGAUGAUAGAGAAAAGCUUCUGGAAUCUUUGUCAUCUCAACGUAAAGAAGCUGAAGAAUUGUCGAGAGAGGUUACAUUGCGAAGUGCAACCAUAGGAGCUCUUUCUCAGAAACUAAAAGAAGAACGAAUAAAUUGGAGCUCACGUCUUGCUGAAAGUGAAGGUGGCAGACGGGCAGCUAAGUCAGCGUGGAAACGUGCGAGCAAAGAAGUUAAGCACUUGCGUAAUUUGAUCUCAAGCAAAGAUGAUACAAUAGCAUCACUGAUUGCUGAUUACAGGCUUCUUGGACUUGAUGCAGGGGAGGCAAAACACCAGAAAUUAAGACAGUAUUUAUCCAAGGCAAAUCUUAACGAUCCAGUUUGAUAUGGUGGAUAUAGUAGCCAGUGGGUUAAUGUGAUAUCUUAAGAAAUAGGAUGGUCUGUUUGAUAAUCUACCAAAGUUUGGUUAAGUUUAUAUCACGGUUUGGAAAGUCUAUCAGAAGUUCAGAAUUAUUUUGUUUUUUAUCAAAAUUACUCCUUGUUGUGAUGUCAUGUCAGCUUUACAUUUAGAGGUGUUUGAGCUGUGUAAUAUUCAUCUGCAUAACUGUCACCUUUUUUCUGAAGACUGUUACUUUAGAACCUGCAUCUGUGUGUUAUGAAAACUUUAAUAAGAAAAUUAGAAAAAAUUAUUUUGCAAAACUAUUUUGAAAUUUAGUGACUAUUGAAUUGCUGCUGAAGUGAUUAAAAGAGUAAUAGAAUGCAA